GUGCUAAAUGCAGGACAGGGACGGUAACUCUACUGUUGCAAUUUUGGUUAAAUCCUUCUCGAGAAGACAUGCGUUAUUGAGCUGCAAAUAGUGAGCUUUUCGAAUACCCAGACAUGGCCUCCUUGUUUCCUCAGUCGACGGAGGCCGCGUAUUCCACGUCUAGUAACACAACACCUCAAUAUACCCCCGUCUCCGACAGGUCCGAAGAUGAAUCCGGCCCACCAACUCGCCCACCUCCCGGCUCAUUGACAGUGCAAACGCAAUUCAGUGCCGAUGGUGAUGAUGGAUAUGAUUCUUUUGAAGAUGCCGAAGACAAACCCAAUAGUACUACCGGCUUCCCGAAGUAUACGGCCAUAGAAGAGCAGCAGAUUGUGAAGAAAUUCGAUCGCCGGCUAGUCCCAUUCUUAGCGUUACUUUACCUGCUCUCCUUUCUUGAUCGAUCUAAUAUUGGAAAUGCCAAAAUUGCUGGAAUGACAGACGAUCUACAUCUCUCAUCUUCUCAGUAUGAAUGGCUCUUGACAGCCUUUUACAUUACGUAUAUCCUCUUCGAAUGGAUGACUUUAAUGUACCGUCUUGUGCCGCCACACAUCUACAUCUCACUUUGUGUAUGCGGAUGGGGCUUGGUCGCAUGUUUUCAAUCUUUAGCUACUUCAUUCGGGACAUUGGUCUUUCUGCGUGCUCUGCUUGGGAUCACAGAAGCAGCAUUUGGCCCAGGUAUUCCUUUCUACCUAUCACUCUUCUACAAACGCGAAGAACUCGCAUUUCGAAAUGGACUGUUCAUUUCCGCGGCCCCCCUGGCUUCGUCGUUUGCAAGUAGUCUCGCUUGGGGGAUAGUCAAAAUGAGCAAUAACGGCCCAAUCUCGCCCUGGCGCACUCUGUUCCUGGUGGAAGGGUUCCCAAGCGUGAUCGUUGCAGUUUUCGCCUGGAUCUUGAUCCCGGACUCACCCGGCAGUGCGUGGUUUCUAGGACCUCGACAGCGAAUGGUCGCCGAGCUACGAAUGGAAGAAAGCAAACCGAAUCACCAUGAGCUACGCCGAGGCAAAUUCAACUGGAAGGAAGUCAGGAACGCGUUAACCGAUCCCAAAUCCUACCUGACGGCCUUCAUGUUCUUCAGCUGCAAUGUAGCAUUCAGCUCCAUGCCCGUCUUCCUUCCCACCAUCAUAGAAGAUAUGGGCUACUCUUCCGUAACCUCACAAGCCCUCUCCGCACCACCUUUCCUUUUCGCCUUCAUCAUAGUCCUGCUCACAGCCUACAUCUCCGACCGCAACCGCAAAAGGAGUCUAUACCUCAUCACACACGCCCUCCUCUCAUCAGCCUCCUACCUCAUCAUUGCCUUGACCGGCUACUUCCACGACCACCUCCCCUCCAGAGCCCAUAUCCUCAUCCGAUACCUCUGCGUCUACCCCGCAACAGCCGGCUUCUUCUCUGCCAUCACGCUAAUCAUGACCUGGACCAUGGACAACCGCGUCGCGAAAGAAGGUAAGGGCGCUAGCAUCGCCAUCAUGAACAUCAUCGGUCAGUGUGGACCCCUGCUUGGAACGAGGUUGUACCCCAGUGUUGAUCGCCCGUGGUAUAUCCGUGGUAUGGCGGCUUGUUCGUUUUUCAUGGUUGUUGUGGCGGUUUUGGCGUUUGUGUUGAGGGUCAUGCUGCUGCGGGCAUGUCGCACGGUCGAGCAAGAGGAGGAUGAGAUUGAGAUGGAGAGAGCGGGCGGUGGGGAGGAGAGUGAGGUGCUCAUGGGUGGGCGAAAUGUCGGGCGCAAUGUGGAGGAGAAAUUUACGUAUAUCAUCUGACGUAGAUAUUGAUUCUGG